UAUAUGUCAGACUACCUGCCCGUCUAUUCUUGGGCAGCUUAAUCAUAUCCUUCAGGCUUCAGUGAGAACCAUCCAUCUACAAUCUACCAUUUCAUGGAUUUUAUUAUUCUUUGGACUCUCUCUCGUCCGUACAAUCUCCAUUCGCUUCGGCUCUAGAAUCCUGCACGUGAUUUCCAUCGGGCAGCAGGAAUCUGUUCCCGGUCUGAGUCUCAGUAGCUAGUAGCUUCUACUGUUUUGAAACAGACACCAAAAAAGUGGGAGAUGAGGCCACUAUAAAUAGAUGAACACAACCUAUUAGAGGAUGUGGAAACUAGGUCGAGCUGCAGCAUCAAAUUUGCGUCAAGCACGGCGAUUCUCGGCAGCGAUUCCAGCUCCUUGCAUCGUUCACAAGCGUGGGACAGAUAUUCUUCAUGAUCCAUGGUUUAAUAAGGACACUGGUUUCCCUUUGACGGAAAGAGAUAGACUUGGGCUUCGCGGUCUCCUUCCACCACGUGUCAUAUCUUUUGAGCAGCAAUAUGAACGUUUCAUGGAGUCAUAUAGAUCACUGGAGAAAAAUACCUGUGGUCAACCAGGUGACGUUGUAUCUUUGUCCAAAUGGAGGAUCCUGAACAGACUGCAUGACAGGAAUGAGACAUUAUACUAUAGAGUUCUUAUCGAUAAUAUUGAACAGUUUGCUCCAAUAAUAUACACUCCAACAGUGGGAUUGGUUUGCCAAAAUUAUUCAGGCUUGUUUAGACGUCCACGUGGUAUGUAUUUCAGUGCAAAAGACAAAGGAGAGAUGAUGUCCAUGAUUUAUAAUUGGCCAGCUCCACAGGUAGAUAUGAUAGUGCUGACAGAUGGCAGCCGUAUUCUUGGCCUGGGAGACCUUGGAGUUCAGGGAAUUGGAAUACCCAUCGGGAAACUUGAUAUUUAUGUUGCUGCUGCUGGCAUCAAUCCGCAGAGAAUACUCCCAGUCAUGCUAGAUGUUGGUACCAACAAUGAAAAGCUUCUUCAAGAUCAGCUUUAUUUAGGUUUACGAGAACCAAGGUUGGAAGGUGAAGAGUAUCUUGGCAUUGUUGAUGAACUGAUGGAGGCAUUUCACAGACGUUGGCCUAAGGCUAUUGUACAGUUUGAAGAUUUUCAAAUGAAGUGGGCUUUUGAAACUCUGCAAAGAUAUCGUCACAGAUAUUGCAUGUUCAAUGAUGACAUACAGGGAACUGCUGGUGUUGCACUGGCUGGACUACUUGGUGCCGUUAGAGCACAGGGUCGACCACUGAGUGAUUUUGUGAAGCAAAAAAUAGUUGUAGUGGGAGCUGGAAGUGCAGGAAUAGGUGUUCUGAAGACAGCCAAGCAGGCUGUUUCGAGAAUGAUGGGUAACAGUGAGAUGGAAAACUCUCAGUUCUGGCUGCUCGAUAAAUAUGGCCUUCUGACGAAAGAGAGAGAAAAUAUUGAUCCAGCUGCUGCACCUUUUGCUAGAGGUUUUGGUCCUGGUGAGAUUGAAGGACUAAGGGAGGGAGCUAGUCUCCUUGAAGUGGUCAAGAAGGUCAAGCCCCAUGUGCUUCUAGGUCUGUCUGGGGUCGGUGGUAUUUUCAAUGAAGAGGUGCUAAAAGCCAUGCAAGAGUCAGAUUCCCCCAGGCCUGCAAUAUUUGCAAUGUCAAACCCUACAAUGAAUGCUGAAUGCACACCAACUGAUGCAUUCAAGUAUGCUGGAGAAAACAUAGUUUUUGCUAGCGGUAGCCCUUUUGAAAGUAUUCAACUUGGGAAUGGAAAAGUGUGCCAUGUUAAUCAGGCAAAUAACAUGUAUUUGUUUCCGGGGAUUGGUCUGGGAGCUCUUCUUUCAGGUGCUCGUUUAAUUUCCGAUGGUAUGCUGCAGGCAGCUGCUGAAUGCCUUGCAUCCUAUAUGACCGAUGACGAAAUCCAGAAGGGCAUCCUAUAUCCUUCUAUAUCAAG